AUGACUAUGGAAAACAGUGCUUGUAGAAUCAAGAAGAAGCAACAUAUAAUAGCGAUGCCGUAUCCAGGAAGAGGAAACAUCAAUCCUAUGAUGAACUUCUGUAAGCUUUUAAUCACUAGAUUUUCAGUUGUGGACGAUAUCAAAAUCACUUUUGUCGUUACAGAAGAGUGGUUCGGUUUCCUUGGGUCGUCGUCCGAAUAUUUAAACCUACCACCUCAGAUUCAGCUUCGCACGAUUCCGAACGUGAUACCGUCUGAAUUAGGGAGAGGAUUUGACCACGGUAGUUUCCUAGAAGCUGUCCGUACAAAAAUGGAAGCUCCGUUCGAGCAGUUGGUGGAGCAGUUACAACAAGCUGAUGAUCCGACCAAGGUGAACACAACUAUCAUAACAAGUAUCAAUUUGCCAUGGGCGGUUUAUGUUGGGAAUCGGAUGAGUAUUCCUGUGGUUUCCCAUUGGCCGAUGUCUCCUUCCGUGCUCUCUAUUUAUAAUCACAUUGAUCUUCUUGUUCAGAAUGGUCACUAUCCAGUUGAUUUCUCUGCAGAAUGCGGCGAUGAGGUAGUAGACUAUAUUCCUGGAGUUUCACCCAUAAGAUUAGCUGACAUGCCUUUGAGGUUAAAGAGAUCUAGCCAACAUGUCUUGGGCUGGGUAAAGGAAUCGGUUGGCGCAACUUGUAGAGCAAAAUGUCUUCUGUUUUCUACCUAUCAUGAGCUCGAGCCUCAAGAUGACCGUGAUAAAACAUACUACUUGAAAUGGCUAGACUUGCAACCUGUAAAUUCUGUUUUGUACGUGUCCUUCGGUAGUUUUCUAUCAGCUUCAAGUGAACAAAUGAAGGAGAUUUUGGCUGGGUUACGUGAAAGUGGGGUUCGAUACUUGUUGGUUUCACGUGAUGCGGACAAUAAGAUGACUAAUACUCGAGGCUUUGUAGUUCCAUGGUGUGACCAGCUAAGGGUACUUUGUCAUUCCUCGGUAGGGGGUUUCUGGACACAUUGUGGGUGGAAUUCGACACUUGAAGGGGUUUAUGCAGGUGUACCCAUGCUUACUUUUCCAUUGUUUACUGAUCAAACCCUUAAUAGUAAACUUAUUGUAGAUGAUUGGAAAAUUGGAAUGAAGGUGGUUGAUGAGGUUGGAGCAAAAAGAUUGAUUGAAAGAUCGGAAAUUGCAAUAAUUGUGAAGAAGUUCAUGAACUUGAACGGAGACGAUGUGGAGAGUAAAGAGAUGAGGAGAAGAGCUAAUGAAUUCAAGAAGAGUAGCAGACAAGCAUUGGCAAAAGGCGGUUCAUCUACAACCAACCUCGACGAUUUUAUGAAAAAUAUUUUGUUGUACCACUAUUAGUUGAUUCAAAUAUUGUUUAAAGGUGUUUCAUCUACAACCAACAACCUCGACGGCUUUUAUCAGGUUUAUUCAGCAGUAGCGCUGUUAGUUGAUUCAAGCACUUGCGAAUGGUGGUUUGCCUACAUAGUGUUGUUUGCCACUUUUAUUGUGUUAAAGUAGUAUCCCACUAGCUAGUUGUUAUUUUU